AACCAAAGGGGACCUUAUCAAAAGACCAACCUUUGUACUAUAAAGGAGCAAAUGAACCCACUAAUUCCUUAACUCAACAAUCGCUUUUAUUCCUCUAAAUUUCUCAACAUCUUCAACCCCAGCCCCAGAAAUUAGCUUAGACAGCAUGGAUUUCUUCCACACCCAAACCCAACAAAUACACACGCCAAAACAUAGCAACAAAAAGAGGCUAACACAAGACCAAGUAAGGCUCCUUGAGAGAACCUUCACCACCAAGAGGAAACUUGACCCUGAGCUCAAGCACCAACUCUCAACCCAACUGGGGGUUCCACCAAGACAGGUAGCCAUUUGGUACCAAAACAAGAGAGCUAGAUGGAAGACACAGAGCUUGGAGCUUGAGUACAAUACACUACAAGUGAAGCUAGAGAAUGCACUGAUUGACAAGAAGAGAUUAGAGAAAGAAGUGAUGCAACUAAGGGAAGAGUUAAGGAAGGCUCAAGAAAUGGUGUUUGCUUUCAACCAAAGAGUAAUAAUUCCUCACCACCAGCAGCAGCAGCAUCACCAUCAUCAUCCUCUUCCUCUUCCUCCUCAUUCUCUUAAUAUAAAUAAUGUUUCUUGUAACUCUUCUUGUGAUGAGGGAGGUAGCACUAGCUUGCAUGAAGAUGUGAAUGGUGAAGUUUUGCAACUUGAUGAGCUUUAUGCUUGCUUGCUUGGUUCUAGUGGUGGUGCUGCUGGAUCAACCUGGGGGUAAUAGGUAUAUAGCAAAAAAAAAAAAGUUCUUCCCUCACCCAAAAGUGAAAAAAAAAAAAGAAAAAAGAAAAAAAAGGAAGCACCCAUCUUCAGAUUUUGAGUGGAUACAUCUGUAGAGAUACUGUAGAGGUCAACUACAAAGUUGCUCCUUUGUGACAAGAUUAAAGGUUCAAACGAAGAACUCUCCUCUUCCAAGAAUGUGAUCAAGGGAAGACUAUAGUAGAUGGUGUGUGUUGAAGAAUUUAUAUCUUAGGAAGAAUCAUAAUGACUUGUGAAUUAAUUCUAGUUAGUGGGUAUUGAUGUUAAUUAGUUAAUUUCAUAUAAUGAGUGAAUAGAAGAAUAUGAUCAACUUUCUAA